AGGCCGCGCAUUAGGAAAUCAAGCCUCCAGCGGCCUCUAAGACACUAGCAAGCACAAAUCGGCUGCCCCUGCGAACGCUAAAAAUGGAGGCUGCCCUUGCGAAACGCGCACACACGUAUCGUUCGCCACUGCUCUCGCUGUGGUCCAGAAAUGAGCUGGCGGACAACGUCGUGGCCUUCCUGCCGCCAACCAAUUUGCCCAAGCUGCCCAUUAUUGCGAAGCCAUUUCGCGCGGCGCAGCCCUUGGUGCUCUUCACAGCCGCGCGACGAUUAAAAGUGGUCGACCAGAUGCUGGCAAGUUGCGUGGACGUGCUGCGCGACGUGGUCCCGGAGGCCAACCGCUUCGUCGAGACGUGGGCUAGAGGCCUGGGCCAGUGGCAGAUGCACCCUGACGCGUCCGGCUACCUGCAUGCGGAUGUCGUUGGAUCGCCUCCGUGCCUGCGCCUUCGAGGGACACCUGGCCCCACGCACGAGGGGUUAUCUCGCAGCUUCCAAUCACUGCGCAAGCUGACUGUGCGACGCCUUCGCAUCAGUCGGUGGUCUUGUAUGGACAUACGUGGCGCAUUGGGGUACGUUUGGUUCUACGAUCACAGAGGACAGUUUGAGAAAUGCGUGGGAGGGGUGUAUAAAAACGGAGGACAGCUCUGCUUUCUGGCACGCGAUAGCAAUGAAGGACCUAAUACCACCAUGUUGUGCCCAGUGGACCCAGACACACGCUACGACAUCGACGCCUCCUUUUCCGACGCCGAUGAAGAUCACAUGAUGGAUGCCACGAUCACCGUCUCGAUCGACGGGGUGCCUCAGGUCACUAGGUCUAUCCGGAGCCUGACGAUACCGCUCCAUAGAAUAAAAGUUUACAACUACAGCCACGGCGAAGCACACAUCGGAGAGAUCGAGGUUGAGUUCGACCGCGCCUAACCU